CGAGGUAAAACGUUACUGGAAGAUUUGUCGAGUUCGCGCUCGGAGAAAAGAAGGAACGAUAGCGGUUGUGAAGUUUAGUGAAGUCAAGUAGAAGUGUGCCGAAUCCAAGUGCGGAGUAAAAGAAGUCGGAAGAAACCGGAACCGGAAAAGCCAGCUGUACAAGUGCAGUCCGUCCUGGUCAAGGUCAAGUCAAGAUCCAAGUCCGGGUCUGGUUCGAUCGUCGUUGAAUUCGUUACGGAAUCCAAGUUUCUGGAGGUUGCUACCGUCUGGUUUCAUCAUGUCCAUGCUUAAUUGCAACAUACUGCCGUUCCAUGAGACCGGCGAUGGCCCAACAUCUUCGCGUUGGGAAGAAUGGAAAGGACAAUUUUUGGCGUACCUGGCGUUGAAAGGUGUUACUGAUCACGAAGAAUUAUACAACGCUCUUAUGUGCUUCGGUGGACCGGACGUCAGGAAAAUUGCGAAAAAUGUGGAGAUCACCGGUAAUAUCCUGGACAACCGUUACAGAGCAGCGAUGGAGGCCUUGGAUAAUUACUUUUCUCCACGAAUGUCACUACGAUACGAGCGGUACAAAUUCAGGCAACUCAAGUUUAAUCCCAAGGAGAAAUUGGACCAGUUCGUUCUACGUCUCAAAACCCAAGCAGCGGCAUGCAAUUUCGAAGAUCAACUCGAUCAAAUGGUCAUGGAUCAAAUCGUUUAUGCAACUCAAAACGACGAUAAAUUGAGGGCCAAAUAUCUGGAAGCUGAUGUAACUCUGGACGAAAUGCUGAAGAUUGGGCGUACUCAUGAGACCGUGGCCACCCAGGUACAAGAAUUUCGAUCCAAACCAACGUAUGAUGGUAUUGACGUCCAAGAACUGCAAGCGGUGUCUCAUUCAGGCAAUACUCUAAAGGAUAAAGGUACGUGCACUAAAUGUUCAGGAAAACACCCUACUGGCGAUCAGAAAUGUCCUGCUCGGGAAUCGAGGUGCAACAACUGUGGGAAAAUGGGACAUUUUGCACGUUGCUGUUGGAAACCGCGCCAAACCUUUCACCCUUACGGACAGCAAGACAAACGGGCUGUUUCGGAAAGCUCUAAUUAUCCAGCCAGCCGUUUCCGAGGAAGCUCAUCGAACAAGAAACAGAAGUUUGUAAGAGAACUGGAUGAUGUUACCGAUAAGGUGGAGAUCCGUGAAUUGUUCCACCUCGACAACAAACGCAGAGUAGAUGCAGCUGUUGGGGGAGUGAAGCUUCGUUUCGUAGUGGAUACUGGUGCGGAUGAAGACGUCCUCAGCGCAGCCGACUGGAAGACCCUGAAGAAGGUGGGUUUCAAGGCAUUUGAUGUACGGAAAGGCAGCAAGAAAAUUUUCCGAGGAUAUGGUUCAAAUCAUCCCUUGACAGUCCUUGGCGAAGUGGAUGCAGAAAUUUCGAUAGGAGAUCAAGCCUGCAGCACCACGUUCUUCGUAAUCGAAGGAGGAAACUGUUCGUUGCUUUCCGGGAGGUCGGCCGAAAAUCUAGGAGUGGUAAAGUUUCUCAACGUAGCAAACAGCAUUGCUUUGCCCUGCAUCAAAGGUGAGAUUUGAUUAUCAAUUGUUUGUUCUUGAUUAUAAUAUAUAACGAAUUAUGUAGAUA